CCCGUGCGAACCUCACUGCAUCUCACCACACAAGCAGUAAACACACACAAGGUAGCUAGCCACAGCUCGACCAGCACGUUUCAGCUAGCUAGGCCAGGACAAUCAACAGCGAAGAUGGCCUCCCUCACCGUCUCGCAGACGACACCGGCGGCCGGCAGCGCCAACAAGCAGCGCGAGGGCGCGGAGAUCAUCACCGGCGCUGAGGCGUGCUACGAGCACUCCAAGGAGCUCCUCAAGGGGCUGGGGUUCCCGGGCGGGGUGAUGCCGCUGCGCGGGCUGGAAGAGUGCGGGCUGGUGCGGGAGACCGGGUACGUGUGGAUGCGGCAGGGGAAGCCUUACGAGCACCACUUCCGCGCCACGGGCACCCGGGUGCGCUACGACGCCGAGGUGACGGCGUACGUGGAGGAAGGGCGGAUGAAGCGGAUGACCGGGGUCCGGAGCAAGCAGAUGAUGCUCUGGGUGCCCAUCGUCGAGAUGAGCCUCGACGGCGCCGACAAGGUCUACUUCAAGUCCAACGUCGGCAUCGGCCGCUCCUUCCCCGCCACCGCCUUCGCCGACGAGGACGCCCCCGCUGACAACGCGCGAGCGCCGGCCGCCGCCGAGGCCAGCGACAAGCAGUGAUCGAUCGACGUCGCAGCGUUCACAUGGUUUGUGCUGGUGCCUAUGGUACGUGUGCGUGAUACGACUAUACGAGUGAUCUGCGGUGCACGCAUUGGCACGAACAGGUAGGUGGUGCGUCUCGUGCGUGGAUGUUUGUAUCUUUUUAUUUUGCGAGUUUGCUUCCAUUAAUUUUUAUUACCAACGAUGUAUUGCUACGUGAAUAAUCGAUGAAGUCUUUGUUACCCCUUUGUUA